AUUUCUACUUUUAUUUUUGGUUUCUACUAAUUUAAUGUCUUUGUAUUGGAAUCUCACGAGUGGGUUUCUCUGAACCCAACCACCAUCUCAUUCUCAGUAGUUCAGUUAUUACAUAUUAGAAAUGUAUAUCCACAGUUAAAGCACAGAAAUCCAAAUGUGUGCACUUAAAUAGAAACCACAAUAAUAUGUAGAGAUCACAUUACCGGUUUGACCAAUGAUCCCAAGUAUUGCAAUAAUGUCAUCCGCUUGCGUAAGAAUCACACACACACACACACACAGAGAUAUUGAAUUCAUGUUUUCAACAAAUAAAAUCUUGGUUAAGAUAGGAACUGUCAAUCAAUGAAAAUUAUGGUAUUCACGAUAAGUACUAGUAUGAGGUAUAAUGAUCUUGCUAGGCUAACUAAUGACUAAUGAGUUGGUUUUGAAUUUUACGCAAAACAAAAUGAAGGAUUAGUAAAUUAUCGUAUUCAAUGCUUAACUAACAAGUUUAAGCUUUCUUUCUUCAUAUUUUAAGAACCCACUCUAAUAGUGGAACUGUGGAAGAAUCUUCAAUCUGUAACUUGGUACAUUUAACAGAUUUUAUAUCUAAUAAUAUAGUUUAGGAGUAUAAAUCUCAUCAAGUUAUAUAGCGUGUAGUAGAUUCCGUAUAACAGUUCUUAAGGUUUAUGCGAAACAAGUAUCAAAGUUAUGAUUUGUCAAAAAAAAAAAAGUAUCAAAGUUAUGUUUGCCAUGCUAUAUCGAAUCUUAUUAUCAUGUCCAUGAUUUGAACAUCAUGCAUGUCUUCUAAUUUCUUCCCUUCGAGAAUAUCUUGCAUGUGUAUUGUUCGUUGAGUAAAUUUAUGUACUACACCCAUUAAUUGCGGGUAGUAAUUAUUUCCAUCAAUGCUAGACAUCAAUUAAGAUUAAUUAUCAAAUGGACAAAAAGUACUACAGAAAUAUGAAGCACAUAACUAUGUACGUAUAAUAUUAUACUACAUAUUACUAUAUUAGUAUACCACCGUACGUACGUAUUCUUAUUAUUUUAUUAUAUAUAACAAUAAAUUAGUUACAAACUGAGAAAUAAGUAAUGAUAAUUGGUGAGAAAUUGGGAAUAUAUUAAGGGUGGCAUGCAUGGAUGGGUCCCCAACAUACGCACUCGAGCAUGCAUUGCUAAUACCCAGCCGCGCGUGCCAACUAAUAACUGUUUUAUUGUAUAGAAUAUGUUGAUGCUGUUUAACUUUGUUUCUACAACGGUUACUAAUUACAAUAAACUAGGUUACGUGACUUCAAAUGUACUGAGCAACGUAUCCUUGCUUAAAUUGCUACAACAAUGCCAUUAAUUACGCUAACCAACAAAUUCUUUUGUCAAACUUGAAAUCGAGUAUUCCAAUUUCUAAAUGCUUUUUGUUAUGUCGUUUAACUAAGAAAUCGAUUCAUUAAUGCUAGCAGAAAUAAUAGUUUGGAAAGAGUUUAGACUAAAAAGCAUUAAAAAUUCUCAUAUUUAUUUGAUACUUCCUCCGUUCUGUUUUAAAAGACGUUUUGGAAAGAAAAAAAUGUUUCAAUAUACUUGUUGUUUUUCAAAAAACAAUGUAAAUUAUAGUGAUAAAAGACUAUAGUUACCCUAUAUUUAUUCCAUUUCACGUGAUUUAGUAUCCAAAAUAAUCAAUUAAUGAAGGAUAAGAAAGGAAUUGCAUUUGGUGCAUUAAUCUGUAUGAAAGUUUCUAUAACGACAUAUAAAAGAGACGGAGGGAGUAUGAAGUAGUACAGAUUAACUUUCUUAUGAUGUAUUUUGUUGGAAAAUAAAAAUACUCAAAAAUGUAGCUUUCAUUAGAAGAUUAUAUUUAUAGUUUUUUAAACUUUGGUUGAGAAUUUUUGAACUUAAUUAAGCUCACGUCUUAUAUUCUAAAUAUGACAUAUUGACUAAAUAGUCAUUUUCAAUAACAAGACGUCAAAUAACUUUUUUAUUGAAAGACGUCUUUUUAAUGAUUUGCAACUUAUUAUAAAAAUAAAUUAUAUGAGUUCUUCCACAUAUAAAUUAAUGAUUUGCAACUAAGUCACUUAAUUUCAUAUUAUCCAUAGCAUCAUUUUAGUAAAAUGGUUAAUAACUUAUAAAUUAAGUUUAUUGUCACACCAAAAAAAUUAAGUUUAUUGUCCUCGAAAUAUAUACUAAUAGUAUGAGGAGAUGGUAGCUGACAGAAGGAACAUAUAGGGAAAAGAGAAAAUUGAAAAAGAUAACUUCAAGAAGCAACAAUAAAAUAAUAUUUAUAAUUGUAACUUCCUCUAUUUGUCUCUAUAAAGUUAAGAAAAAUGUUUUCUUAGAAUAAAAAGAGAACACUAACUAACAGAAAGUAAAACAAGAAGAAGAAUACAUAAUUUUGACUGUCAUUAUCAUAAGGAACAUAGCAAACGCAAGACUUCCCUUUAUUUUUGGCUACAUAUUAUAAAACAUACAACGUUUCAGGCUUUGUAUUGCUGCUUGGGAACACUUCCUCUCCAGUCUCCCCAACAGUUUUCUCUUUUGACCAACUUAUAUUAUAUUUAUUUGAUUUUUUUUUUUGAAACUAAUAUAUUUAUUUGAUUUUACUUAUUUACUUAGAUGUAUAUUUUCAUUUUCAGUGUUGAGACUAUUAACAUAAUAACAUAUUAUAUUGUAUAUUUUUGUAGAGUGAUAAUGUAUUUUCUUUUAAUUAUAUUUUUAAGAAUACAAUGGAGACACAUACAAAAGAGCACCAUCCUAAGAUCGAAACUUAUAAGGUUCAAGGUCUAAUAUUAGAGUACGGUCCAUCUUUACACUUAUUACCUGUCAUGAAAUUGACAUCUUAACAUAUCUUAAGGGUAGAAAAGAAAAAGCUUUUAAGAUAGACUGAAUCACAUAUAUAAAAUAAAUAGAAUUGUACUGAAAAAACAUUAUUAUUCGAAAGCUCUCUCUCAUUAAUCAACGCAUGAGACAUUCAGACAAAAAAAAUUGUAUCCUCAGUGUCGGCUAAACAGUAUUUGUAGCAAGCUGAUUCUAGUUGAUUUUAAGGAGGAGUGUGCGUACUCGUUUUAUUCAGCCAUGAGCAAAAAAAAGGCAUCGUAGUUAGAUUUUGUUUUAGUCACUUUAUCUCGUCACUUUAUUACGUCAGUGGGCUAUUAUGAUUUUGUCAUUUUUAUUGGUUCCUUAAUAUUCUUGGAGAAUAAAGAAAACAAAGGCAUGAAUGAUUUCAUCACUACCCAAAGUAUUUACAUCUCCAACACAUAUAAACAUUUAGACUAUUACUUUGAGACACCACAAUUCCAUAAAACCCUUCACUUUCUCUCUCCCCUCACUUUCUCUCUCUAACUCUUUAUUUAUUGACAUAAGACCCCUUUUUUUUGAGCAACCACAUAAGACCCCCCAAGAAGACAAUGAGAGUGUUCUUGAUCCUUUAUUUGAGUUUGAAAUGAAGAAAUUUAUCUUCAAAUAGCUUUGGAAAUGGUGAGAGCUUGAGAAGAUUAUAAAAUUCAUUUGUUUUUGUCUUCUUUCGUGCACUCUCUCAAUUCUUUUAUAUCAAGAAAACGUUUUGGGGUUUUUGAUGGGAGGAGAGUUCGUGUUGAGGAAACCCAGAAACGGCAUUAAAUGCCGUCGUUUCGACCGAUGCAAUACAAUGAGACAAACAGAAACAGAGUUGUUCUCAGAAGAAACAAGAGAAAGAAGACGAGGAAGAAGAAGAAGCUUCUUCUUAGAUAUGAUCAUUUUCUUUCGUCCUUGUUUCUCCAACUUUCUCUUCCUCUCUCUUUUUAUCUUGUCUUCUUCUUCUUCCUCUGUCUUGUCGACGGAAACAGAGUAUCUCUCGCCGAGAAACCAAACUCUCCGGCCACUCGAGGAGCUUAACAAGCUCAAAGCCAUUAAUCAACAUCUCAGGAAGAUCAAUAAACCUUCCGUCAAGACAAUUCAUAGCCCUGAUGGUGACAUCAUAGACUGUGUUUUAUCACAUCAGCAACCAGCAUUUGAUCAUCCCAGAUUAAGAGGACAGAAGCCACUGGAUCCCCCUGAGAGGCCAAGUGGGCAUAAUAGCAGAGGAUUGAGACCAAAGAGCUUCCAGUUAUGGAGAAUGGAAGGAGAAACAUGUCCUGAAGGAACAGUCCCUAUCAGAAGAACAAAACAAGAAGACAUUCUCAGAGCAAACUCUGUUUCUGCCUUUGGCAAGAAACUCAGACAUUUCAGAAGAGACACCAGCAGCAAUGGCCAUGAACACGCGGUAGGAUACGUGAGUGGAGAGAAAUACUUUGGAGCAAAAGCAAGCAUAAAUGUAUGGGCUCCACAGGUCCAGAACCAAUACGAGUUUAGCUUAUCUCAGAUUUGGAUUAUCUCUGGUUCUUUCGGUAAUGAUCUCAACACCAUUGAAGCUGGCUGGCAGGUGAGUCCGGAGCUCUAUGGAGAUAAUUACCCAAGAUUCUUUACUUACUGGACUAACGAUGCAUAUCAAGCAACAGGCUGCUACAAUCUAUUGUGUUCCGGUUUUGUCCAAACCAAUAGUCAAAUUGCUAUUGGAGCUGCAAUCUCUCCCUCAUCUUCAUUCAAGGGUGGACAGUUCGAUAUUACUCUCCUAAUUUGGAAGGAUCCGAAGCAUGGAAACUGGUGGCUGGAGUUCGGGUCGGGUAUUCUAGUUGGGUAUUGGCCAUCUUUCUUGUUUACACACCUGAGGGAGCAUGCGAGCAUGGUCCAAUACGGUGGUGAAGUUGUAAAUUCAAGCCCAUUUGGGGCCCACACUUCUACACAGAUGGGGAGUGGACAUUUUGCUGAGGACGGGUUCACAAAAGCUUCUUAUUUCAGAAACAUCCAAGUAGUUGAUUGGGAUAACAAUUUGGUCCCUUCUCCAAACCUUCGAGUACUCGCAGACCAUCCAAAUUGUUAUGAUAUUCAAGGUGGAUCUAAUAAGGCUUGGGGUAAUUAUUUUUAUUAUGGCGGACCUGGCAAAAAUCCUAAAUGUCCUUAAGAAUAUAAAUGUAAUUAGAAAUUUAGGGAUUUAAAUUUAUUGAGAAAAAAAGAGAAAAUUCAUGGUGUUUUAGGUGAUAUCUAUAUGGUUAUAGGUAAAUGUUGUUUUCAUCAUCUAUAAUUGUGAUUAUGGUUCAUUGUUGUGUUCCAAGGCA